AUGAGUGAAUCAACGCCUAAAAGAAAUUCUAAGACGAAUGAAUUAGAAACAGUUACUGAAGAACCAACGGUGAAAAGCAAAACUUCUGAAUUACCGGAAAAUGACAAUAAUAAUAAUGAUAAUAGUACUAAUAGUAAACUCAGUCAGCGAAGAAAUUCUCGGUUGGAUAGCAUAUCUAAAGCACAAGGUGUUAAACGUUUAUCCUUAUCAAGAUAUUCAACUACAGGACAAGUUCAACCUCAAACACCAGCUAGUUGUCCGAAUCGUUCCCCGCUAUCCUGCCUAAAUGUUUCUAUCAAUGGACCAAUAUCAGCAGUGGAGACAAACAAGGUGCUCACGUUUCAAGAAAACGACUGUCCGACAGCAGGAGGUGGUGGUGGUAGUAGCAGUAGCAGAAAAAUUAGUCAGUAUACACCAUCAUUGUCAUCGACCUCGGGGCCUGGAAAUCGACCACCAUUGUCAAUGUUAAGUAUUCUAGCCGCAAAACGAAUUACACGGAAAUUUUUAUCAACAUUUACUGAUGAUAAAUAUCAUAGACGUUUAAGCACAUUCAGUAGAUUAUCAUCUGUUAGUCCAGCACCGUAUAAUCUAAUCAGUAUGUUACCGACUUAUCAACUUGGUCCAAAAGAGGUAUUCAAUAUAACUAGCAUACAGCCAAGAGUUGAACAGUUGGUACAAUCACGUCUUGAAUCGCUUCCAAAAAUCUAUGAUGAUAAGAGAGCCAGUCGGCUGUGUAUCACACUGACGAAUGAAAUCAAAUCUAUGCUUAGAAACAAUGGAAAAGACCGUUAUCGUUAUCUGGUGUAUGGUUUAGUGAUGCAAAAUAAUAAACAGCUAGCUGGAUUCACCAGUCGUGUACUCUGGGACAUGAAUUAUGAUCGUACAUUCUGUGUAACUGUAAACAAUUCAACCUAUUGUAUUUCCCUGGCUUGUUUCAUUGUCUAUAAAGAGUGA